ACUUGGCACUCAGGCACACAUCACCGAUCACACUUUGCUCAGAGGCUCAGAGAAAGCAGACUUCACCACCAUGGCAAGAGUCUGGAUGAGGAUGAUGAUGAUGAUGCUUUUCAGUAGUUUAUUCAUGUCUAGCCUAACUUUUGACAUCCAGUCAGUAAAAGUGAACCCUAAACGAGCCAUCUCCGGUGUGUUUGAAGUUUCCAUCGGAAAUACAUACGCCUUAAGUGCAUCAGCAGCCAGAGAUCUUUGUGAGCAUCUAGGUUUGACUAUUGCAAGCAAAGCACAGGUAGCAGAGGCCCAGAAACACGGUCUGGAGACAUGCAGGUUCGGAUGGGUAGAUGAGCAAAUAGCUGUUGUUCCCCGAAUUCAGGUCAAAUCGAUCUGUGGCAAUGGUCAGACUGGGGUUGUCGUGUGGCGUGCAGACCCCAGUAAAGAGUUUGAUGCCUUCUGCUUCAAUUUAACAGAUUUUGAGGCACAAAACCAGGCUUCCAUGGCCGCACACCAAACGACAACAAGAAAGCCAACCACAACACAUUCAUCUGUUUUUCCCACUGCUCAAACUGGAGUUCAUCUGAGGAAAACCCCAUUUUCUAAACUCCCUUCCCCAUCAUCUUCCUCUGUUCCUUUUUCUUCAACAUCUCACAGUCCCUCUGUUAACGAUAUGGAUGAUGAAGGGAAACAUCUGCCCAUGAGUGAAACCUCGAUUGAGACUGUUCCAGCUGUCUUACUGAUCACAGUCACCUUCACAGUCAUGCUUGCUGUCUUUCUAGCACUUUAUUAUUUCAAAACGAACAGACCCUGCAGGACGCAGUGUGACAGCGAGCAGCAGAAGGAGUACAUUGAGACGGAGGAUUUGGAGUACUGUAGUAAAAAAGACGUGCAGAAACCACAGGAGGAGCAUGUGGAGGAGAACGAGGAAGAAAACAACAACAGCAGUUCUACAGAAAAGGAGUGACUUCUCUAUUUGUCAAGACAUCUUGGGAUGACUGAGACUGAAGUGUUUGUGUGUCACAAUGUCGUAGUUUUGUAAUGAAGUACAAAAUGACACAGAUGAGUUUAUUUAUAUGGAAGUUGGCUUUUUAUCAUGCUUUUUUAAUAAUAAUUUUAUUACAUUAAAUAUUUUACUGAUUUUGCUAAA